AUGUUCGCGAACGCGCUAAAAUCCUUCUCGUCGAACAUCUCGGCCAACUACCACGAGAAGUCCGCCGCCCCCGUCUCCACCUGCGGACCCUGGAAGAUCUACGAUGCAAAGAAGAAGAAGACGAACCAACCGGUGUCGAUUUUUGUGUUCGAGAGGAAGAGUCUCGACAGUGGGGGCGGCGGCGGCGGGGGAGGUGGGAGGGGAGGCGGGAGAGACGGUCUCAAGGCGGCGCAGGAGGAGGUGGUGGAGAGGUUGAAGCGUGAGGCGGGAAUGCUGGCAAGGCUACGGCAUCCGUGUAUUCUCGAACUUGUGGAGCCGGUUGAGGACACGCGGAGCGGGGGACUGCAGUUUGUUACGGAGCAUGUGACGGGGUCGCUGAGUACGUUGCUGCGGGAGAAGGAUGAGGAGGAAAGGGGCGGCGGCGGCGGGAGGUACGUGCAGGACGACGAGGGGAGGAGACGGAGGAGGGAGGUCGAGAUAGAUGAGCUGGAGAUUCAGAAGGGGCUGCUGCAGAUUGGAAAAGCGCUGGAGUUUCUCCAUGAGAGUGCAAAUCUUAUACAUGGGAAUCUCACGCCGGACGCGAUCAUGGUGAACGUGAAGUCGGAUUGGAAGCUCUUCGGCCUCGGCUUUGCCAUCCCCACGACAAAUCCCACGAUCCCACCGCAAUUCGAUCCGCGAUUACCCGCGAAUGUCCAGCUACAGCUCGAUUAUGUGGCGCCCGACCUCGCGCUCGACCAGAUGCCCUCGACGUCAUGCGAUCUGUUCUCCCUUGGAAUGCUCAUCGUCGCGCUCUACAACUCCCCACACAAGUCGCCGCUCGAAACGCACAACUCGGCAUCUACAUACCGGCGACUACUGAACUCGGCGCAAACUACGCCUAAUGCAUCAAACAGCUUCCUAUCCUCGCGGCCACUCCCGCGGCAGCUUACCGGCAGCGUUCUCGCGCGACUGAUCACCCGUCGGCCAGCGGGCAGAAUAAACGCGAGGGAAUUCCAGCAGAGCGAGUAUUUCGACAACAUUCUCGUUUCGACACUGCGGUUCCUGGAUCAGUUCCCCGCCAAGACUCCGUCCGAGAAGGCGGCGUUCAUGCGUGGUCUACCCAAGAUCCUGCCGCAAUUCCCGAGGAGCGUGCUAGAGAAGAAGAUCUUGCCCGGACUCGUCGAGGAGCUGAGAGAUGGGUCGUUGCUUGCCCUGGUACUGCCGAAUAUAUUCUUGAUAUCCGAGCAGGCGUCGUCAAGGAUGUUUUCGGAGAAGGUGCUGAAGAGAUUGAAAGAGGUGUUUUUACCCGCCGGCGGUGCUCCGGCGGCUUCAACGGGCGACCAUAAAUCUGCUGCCGCGAGGGUUGCGGAGCGGGAGCGGGAAGCCGGGCGGGAGGGCGGGCUGACGGUGAUACUUUCCAAACUAGCGCUCGUCAAGGAGAAGACCACUGCUCAGGAAUUCAAGGAAGACAUCCUACCUUUAGUAUUCAUCGCGCUGGACUCGCCCACACAUACACUGCAGGACAUGGCGCUCCAGAGUCUUCCCAUCAUCCUGCCGAAACUCGAUUUCCCUACGCUCAAGAAUGAGUUGUUCCCUGUUGUCUCGACGGUCUUUACAAAGACGAGCAGUCUUGGCAUCAAGAUCCGCGGGCUGGAGGCGUUCCGUGUCCUCUGCGGCGGCACUGGAAGCCACGGUAAUGCGACAAGUGAUGGCCUGGAUGGGUUUCAUGCAAAGAAGGGCAAAGUCCGCGGCGAGGAGGCACCAGUGCUCGACAAAUACACUAUCCAGGAGAAGGUCAUCCCGCUUCUGAAGGGGAUAAAAACGAAAGAACCAGCGGUAAUGAUGGAGACAUUGUCAGUAUUCGACGAGAUUGGGAAGACGUGUGAUCGCGAGGUCGUUGCGAUGGAUAUUCUGCCGACGCUGUGGACGAUGAGUUUUGGACCGCUGUUGGGGUUGGAGCAGUUCAAAGCAUUCAUGUCAAGCAUCAAAUCCCUCACCCAGAAAAUCGAAGCUGAACAAAUCCGGAAAUUGCAAGAACUCUCCACCAGCGCAUCAGGCGGGCAGUCGGCCGGGGAAUUCCUCUCCUUCGGUGGAGCACCGGGUCUGAACGGCCGUGUAUCGCCCAGUGGCGUGAGCGAAUCCGACUUCGAAAGCCUCGUGCUCGGGAAGAAGGAGGCGCCUGUUAGCGACGGGUUUGCCUGGCAAGCUCCCGCAGAUACAAAUAGCUCCUCGUACCUGUCCCCGAGAGCCAAAAGUCCGCCCAUCAUCAUCGGUGCGCAGAAGUUUGCGUGGUCUUCGCCGAGUCCGACGAUUCCGAGUGCGUCCUCAAUGGGCGUCCUCACACCCUCAUCCGCACAGUCGGCCCAGGUAAACCCAUUCUCGGCGUUACGACCAGCUGCAUCCACAUCAAAUACGAUGGCCCCACUACAACCCAGCAUGAACGGCGGAUUCGGCUCAACAAUGGCGGCGCGCACUCCAUCCGCGCCUCCCGCGCAACCC